AUGGCUGCAGGAGUUUUGCUGCAAAAUGAACUACCAUACUCUUCAUUGCUAGAGAGCAGUGUGUAUCUUGCAAAUAUGAGUUCAGGUAAUGAUUUUAUCAUCCACUGAUUUUAUCAACCACUUAUGCUAUUCAUAUAAACAGCUUAAAAAGUUCUGAAAAGAAGCAAUUUUCCAUAGGGGAAAAAUGGACAUUAUUCCCAAAUUUUAAGCAUAAAAUGUCUAUAGCAAAAGCAAACUGUGUGACUUCUUAUUGCCACGAUGUGUUAAGAUGUUGAACUUUUCAGUAACUUUCAGUUUGCCAAGUCUCUUGCUUAGAGAAAUGGUUCCAUGUUCAGAAGCUGCCCAGUUCUCUGAAGGCACAAAAAACCUUCAACAAAAAAACCCUCUCCAAUAUUGAAAGUUUCUGGGUGAGUACUUGCAAAUCAUGCUAGACUCAGUGGAAAAAUAAUGGUAUGCAGCAUUUUCACUUGCUCAUCUCUGGCUCCAUUAUCACUUGAUAUAUACAGGAGAAAAAAUUCUGGGAAGAAAAAGAGUUAAGAAUGAAAUGUGAGAAAGAAUGUAAUUAACUCAGAAGCAUUUUUUGUUUGUUUGUUGGCUGGACAUAGGCAGCACUUGAAGAACCUUCUUCAUCUCCUUCCCUUCUCUUCAACCUGACACCCAGAAUAAAAGCAUACUUAAGUAUUUCCCAAUCUUCUUAUAUCGGCUUCAUUAGGACAGUCAGAUCUUUGAGCCUUAACAUUCUCCUUUUCACAUACGACAUCACCACAGAUGUGUCCAGAUGCCUGGUUUCUACAGAAGUCCUUACUGUGUCUUAACAGUGGGGCUGCAGUAUUCAAUAUUCAGUCACUCAGUCCCUGUUCAGUACCUGGAAGAAACAGCAGAUUUUUGCCUCAUGAUUUUGUAUAAAAAAAGAGCUUUCUCAUACACAAUUCCUCUUUAAGGGUUACUGUUUCCAUAACACAAAAGGAAAAAUCAGACUGAAUGAAGUAUACAACCUAGGGAAAACACAGUGGGAUUCUGUUAAUUGACCAAAGCUAUGGUGAGUUUUCUUCAUCUCUCUGCUCUCUCCCCUUUAACACUCAGACAAUUCGAUGACUUUAAAAAAAACCAAACACAUCCACAUUUCUGUAAAUCCGUUCUCCACGUAAGUUGCUUGAGAAUGUUGUGCUUUUGAGAGCGCAGUAAUCUUCCUGGCCAGCUCAUUCUCUUACUUAGCACGCUGGCAGCAAAGUGGGAGGCAAUUUGCCACCUAAUAUCUACCUUCAAAAGCCUAAAGCACUCAACUGAUGCAUCUUCUCCUCCCCAUAAUCUGCUUUAUCUCACUCUGUAGGGCUAACAGCUCUGGUUAAUAAAAGAGCUGUGCCCUGAAAAAAAAUAAGCCUUUUGUUUUGAGUAACAAAUUGUGUUUGUUAGAAGAUAUGAAUGGUCCAGAGUGAACAGUCUACAAUUCAUCGUGUAAUGAGCCAUUUCAGUAGCAGCACACUAAUCCCAAUUAUUACAGAGCUAAUGAUGCAUUUUGCAGCAGCUCAGCGGAGGGAGAGAGGUGGUUGUGGAAUGUAAAACCAGGAGUUGGGGGCGUAUAAUGUACUUACAGAUUCCUCAGGAAGCAGAGCCUCCAAAUACAUUUUGAUUGUUCUCUUGAAUAUAUUAUUUUGUGCCUAACUGAGUUCUGAAUGUAUGUUAUUUACAACUAACUAAAAUACUCACAUUGUUUAUGGAAAAAUGUUUUGGUUGUUCCCAGUCCAUUUUCAAAAUUAUCUACUUGAAAUGCAACUAUUUUCAUCAGCAGCGGAACACUUUGUCCCAAACAGAAUCAAUUCAUAUAGAAUGUCACUGCCACGGGGCUGGCUGGCAGCAGAGCCCUCAUUGUUUGUCACUAUGGAGACAGCUCAGCCCAUGCUGACUAGCUGCUCCAGCAGACGGAGGGAUGCGCAUCUCGCUGCAACUUCAGUGCUGAGCAACUUGGCUUUCAGACCCGUGCUUGCUCGGCAGCCGCGCUGUGCUGUCACUGGUGCUGGUCAUCAUGCAGGGCUCACCGCGGCGGCGCUCAGCAGAAGUUCAAGGCGGCCGACGGCAAAAUACACAAAAGUGGGGGAGCGCCUUCGCCACGUCAUCCCUGGGCACAUGCAGUGCUCGAUGGCAUGCGGUGGCCGUGCGUGCAAGUAUGAGAAUCCGGCUCGAUGGAGUGACCAGGAGCAAGCUAUUAAAGGGCUCUACUCUUCUUGGAUAACAGAUAACAUACUGGCUAUGGCUCGACCCUCAACAGAAUUAAUUGAAAAGUACAACAUCAUUGAACAGUUUGAAAGAUGUGGCAUAAAAACCAUAAUUAACCUGCAGCGUCCUGGGGAGCACGCGAGCUGUGGGAAUCCGCUGGAGCAAGAAAGUGGCUUCACCUACCUUCCUGAGGCGUUCAUGGAGGCUGGCAUUUACUUUUAUAAUUUUGGAUGGAAGGAUUAUGGAGUGGCAUCUCUUACUACUAUACUUGAUAUGGUAAAAGUCAUGGCUUUUGCGCUGCAGGAAGGCAGAGUGGCUGUUCACUGUCAUGCGGGACUUGGACGGACAGGUGUUCUAGUAGCUUGCUACUUAGUUUUUGCAACAAGAAUGACUGCUGAUCAAGCCAUUCUUUUUGUCAGAGCAAAAAGGCCUAAUUCUAUUCAGACUAGAGGGCAGUUACUGUGCAUCAGAGAAUUCACUCAGUUUUUGAUUCCUCUCAGAAACGUAUUUGCUUGCUGUGAGCCCAAGGCACACAGGGUGACGCUGUCCCAGUACCUGACCCGCCAGAGACACCUGCUCCAUGGUUACGAGAGCAGGCACCUCAAACACGUGCCAAAACUCAUUCACCUAGUGUGCAAGCUGCUCCUAGACUUGGCUGAAAACAGACAAGUGGUAGAGGCAGAACUCUUAAACAUAGCAGAUCUCUCAGCUGAAAUUGAAAAGACUGUCUCCCAGCUGGUGUCGACACGGCUGGAUGGAGACCUUGCCAGGCAGGACAGUGACACGUCGGACUCCUCGCACACCCACUCGGCCACUUGUGACACGCAGGAUUCUCUUUUCUCCCUUGCGCAUGAAUGUGAUCCUCUUUGGAAAAGGAGGAACGUCGAAUGCCUUCAGCCUCUGUCUCAUGUGAGGAGGCGUCUAAGCUACAGUGACUCAGACCUAAGGAGAACUGAGUUCCUCUUAGAGCAAGGAGAAACGGCAUGGACGGUACCUGCUCAGAUAUUACUGUGCAACAAACUUAAGCAGAACAGUGGUGAGGAGAGUUCUGCCACAGACGAACUGGAUUUGAACAAAGAAGCGUUAGUGCGUAACACAUGUACAAUUUGGAGUCAGACUAAGUUUAAUUUGGAUGGGCAAAAAGAUGGAUCUUCACUUUAUCAGAGAAGGAACUCUACCAAAGAAGUACAACGCAGCAGAACUUUUUCUUCAGGUCUAGCAUCUCUCCACUAUACCAGGGAGCCUGGAACACCAAGGCAUAAUUUCACCAAUGAGGUUGGCCAUAGAAAAGAAUGUGAGACUCGUAUGUACAGCAGAAGAGUCUACGUCUCAGAGGACUCUGAUUCUUCUUCUUCUUCUAAAGUGAACUUUUCCAUUGGAUGUGAAAGCCAAGGUAGCAAAGAUCUGUCAGAGGCAAUUCCACACAUUGUUCUGCAGUCAGAAUUAAGUUUGGAAGCUCGAAGAAUUUUGGCAGCAAAAGCACUUGCAAAUAUAAAUGAAUUUCUGGAAGAGGAUGAAGUGAAGCAGAAGGUAGAAAUGUGGCAGAAAGAACUGAAUUCUCGAGAUGGAGCUUGGGAUAAAAUCUCUACUGAGAGAGAUCCUUUCAUCCUCUGUAGCUUGAUGUGGUCCUGGAUAGAGCAACUGAAAGAGCCUAUUAUAUCCAAAGAUGAUAUUGACAUGUUGGCAAAAAAUUCCAUAGAAUCACAAGAUGCACUUAACUUACUGAAAAAGGAGCAGUGUCAGACUAUCCUUUGUAUUUUACACUGUGUGGUGAACUUGCAAACGCUACCAGCUGAUGUGGAGGAGGCCUUACUUGUUCGUGCUGUUAAAGCUUUCACUAAGACAAGCUUUGAUUCUGAAGAUGGACCAUACAUUUACAAUACCCUGAAAAAAGUAUUUAAGCAAACACUGGAAGAAAAAAGAAAAAAGCUGAAGGAAGGAACAGAGAAUCCCUCUUGAUUUCUGCACGGUGAUGCUGAAGGAUUAGAUGACUCUACCAAAUUAUUUUGCAUUUUCCAGCUACUAUAAUUUGUGCUAUUUUGCAUGAUUUACCUAAUGUUAGGUGGCAGCCAUUCUUAACAAAACAUUUUAUUUUUUUAGAGGGAGUUUCAUUGUGAACUGUUCUAUCUACAUGGUUCUAAGGAACAGCUCCUGUUUGACUGUACUGCAGCUUUUUGAUUUCCAGUACUAUUUUAUUUCACGAAAUGUUCACUUGUUUUGAGCUGUAUUUAUUAUUUAGAAACCUCUGUAAUGGGCAAGCUAUGCUUUGUACAAGUUACACAGUUGCCAUAAGUCCAGUGCCAUGGUACAAAAGGUUUGAAUGGACUGAGUUAAAGUUUGUGUAUUCAGUAUGUUUACAUUAAUGUUACUUGAUUUUUCUUUGAGGACAAUAAAUACUGACUGAAAUAACUCUCCUUUUAGAAAAUUUAAAGAAAGAGAAAUAAUUAACAGAUCUUGAGGUCUGCUGUUAACAGCAGAUGAAAUAAUUGCCACCAGUGCAUUCCUCAAAGGUGCUCCACUAGAGAAACACAUUAAAUUCUUCAAGUUACAAAGGUCUUAAUUUAGAAACUUUUGUCAAAAAAAAGGGCUUCUAAUUUUUUCCUUAGUGGAAAAUGAGUUUUUUCUUCUUAAAUGCUUUGAAUAAAUUAUUUUUUAUUAAACUUUCAUAGAUUUUAAGUGAAAAAAAAUAUUUAAUCAUCAGACUUCUGGCCAUAUUUACGUUCAGCAAAAACUUACAUAAAUGUCGUAAAAUAACACUCAAAAAUAAUCAGUGAAGAUCUUAUGAUCUCCAAUGCACUUUAUAGAGCUAUUUUCAUCUAAUAAGACAGAAAACAACUGGGAUAUCAUCAUAUCUGCAGUUUUUGAUUACAGCCUUAGGAUUCAGGCUGGAUUAUCAGGAUGCCAGAUUAACAGUUCACCCAUUUUGAUAUAUAUGUAGCUAGACAAGAAUUUGUCAUUUCAAAAAUAUUUUUAUUUGGCACUGCAAAUGACUAUUUGGAGUUAAAAGCAGACCAGUUUCAUAUGUGCAUAAAUUACAAAUACUUUAACUUUCAGAUGAUUAUAUAUCAAAUUCAGAGAAAGUUCUUUGGUAGAACCAUCCUGAAGUGUGGUAGAACCACGCUUGAAGGUAAAACACCAGAUAUGAAAUCACAUGCAUGAAAGCAACUUUGUAGGAGUGCGACAUGGUAUGCAGCUUAGCUUUAGCCAGCAUGCUUAGCAGUGCCAUUUUGGAAUACUAAGAUACAUUUGCAGGUGUCGUAAUUUCCCAGGGAAUUACUUCUGCUUAUGAAAGCUGAGCAGUUCCAAAUAGGUAACACCAAUUCCUGGCAUGAUACACAGUGUAGAGACCAGUAUGGAAUUGUUCAAAUUGGGGUAAUUAACAAGGACUGCAUGUCAUUAAACCUAGCUAGAAUAAUCUGUUGCGAGUUAAUGGCAGGUGUUUGCACUUGAAAAAUUACUUACAGGCUGUCCAUGCAGAUGGAUACUGUAGAACUGGGUGCUUUUUUAUGUACUGGUUUUUUUUUGUUUGUUUGUUUCAAUGACAAAUGUGGUUGCAAUUACCAGCAAGUGAACCACACCUGACUGAAUCCAUCAUGGGGAAAAGAAACCAAAAAUAGCCCAUCUAAAUGAAUAAUCAAGCCCACAGACUUCAGCAGCAUCCUAUUAAGUCAUUUCUUACCUGAGUGAUGUAUUUAUUUUCCACAUCAUCUUCUCGUGUUCUUAACCUGACUCAAAUUUGUGUGACAGCCUUGCAGCUGCGGGCUACGUGUGGGCAGAUUUCUCUUCAUGCUUACCAGGAGCACUGCAGGGGCAUGCUGACAAUCUGUUACCUAAACACACUGCAGCAAAACAGUCAUGAGCUAGUGGCAGGAUGGGAUAGGAGGACCCCAUUUCCUGACCAGGAGGUUACCUCAGUAUCAGCAGCAGCAGUGAUACUCCCUGCAAUAGCUACUGCAAGAGACUGCAUAAAACAGUUGGGGUUCUGCACUUCUGACAAGACUCAGUAAGGCUUGUCAGCCAACAAAUGCCAGGAGAAAUCCCUCCACUGGUGCAGCACUGCCAUCUCCAUAACAUCAGGACUCUUCCUCUUGAUCUUCUCCCGCUUCAAGUCCACCAGCCAGCUCUCUCCUAACUUGUAGCAAGUUACAGUGACUAACAAAAUGUCGCCAGAGGAGUCCUGAAUAGAAAAACAUGCAAAUAAUGCCCCCUGUGCUCUUCUCACUCCCUAUCCAUCAGCAAACUCAGUCAGUUGCUUUUACCUAUGGGUUUCCAUACACAGAUGUAACUUUUUUUUUUUUUUUUAAAUAAGAUGGAAAUAUUUAAAAGAAAAAAAAAAUUUGUGAAAUUUAUACUACAUCUUGGUCAAAACAACCAAUAGUCUGAAAAAUAGUAGGAUCUUCCCUUCAUUUUGACGCACGGAUGAAAAAGAACCUUUAACUAGUAAACAAGUACCUCUUGCCACUUCUUUUCCUUGGCUCCAGUUGUCUGCUGAGAACAGCAUGCUCUGAGUCAAACACUUCAGUACUUCUUUCUCCACCUGCACAGAAACAAUGAGUUGAGAUUUUCCUGUGGCUCUUGGAUAAAAAUCUAAUUAUUCUAGGUCUGGAUCUGUCAGCAUAUCAAUUGUGCACAGCUGCUAAUAAAGACUUCUCCUACAGGA